AUGGUGACACCACGUCUCACCCGCACACCGACGUGCCUCAGUUGCCUCCACCGAAUCGCGAACCCCCGGUCGGCCGUCCCCUCGCCGCUGUCCCUGGGCCAAGUCCGCUAUGCGCGAACAUUGACGAAAGCCGAGGAGGAGGACCUCCAGGGGAUACCAGUCCGUCUGCUGAGGGAUAUCACUGGUUUUGGUCGCCAAAAUGCCAUCAUCCGCGUCAAACCAGGCCGCAUGCGCAACAUCUGGCACCACAAGGGCCUCGCCGAAUACAUGACGAAGAAGCGCUUCGAAGAGCUCGGCCUGACACAAGCUGCCAUCGGCGUGCGCGACCGCACCUUCGGCACGCAGCUCGUAGUUGAGGAAGACCAGAAUGGGUCUGGCAAGGUGCUCGUCGAGGAGGGACCCAAGACGAAGAAGAAGGAGGCCUUGACGCUGGCGAAGCUAACGGAACACCACUCGCAGCCCGAGGAAGCCCACACCCUCCUCUCUCAAUUACUCCCCGACGUCCUGACCUUCGCCCGCAAACCCAUCGCCACGACUAUCGAAACCUCCCCAUCCUCCUCCCCAUCAUCCUCCGCGAACUCCAGCACCCCCGCCCCUGAGCCCGAAAUACGACGCUCCCCAUCCCUAGCUGCCAACGCCGCCGUCUCGCACCAGCAGCAAGCCCAAAAAGCGGCCCAGCCAUCAGUCGAGCAUCCAGCGGUCUCGGACCUCGCCGCCCCACCGAGUGUGAUGGCCAUCUUCGGCUCCGUGUCGGUGGUGGACAUCCUCGCCGCCAUCAAGGACGCACUGCAGGCGGACCAGAAUGGGAACCGUGUCGCUUUGGAGGCACACGGGAUCCGGAUUUUGGGACUUGAGGACGGCGAGGACCGGAUUAAGCGGUUGGGGCGAUUUGAUGUUGAGAUUGAGACGGGAAAGGGAAUGGUGAGGAGGAGUGUUGAGGUGGUUGCUGAGGAUUAG